AUGUCGCCGUAUCGGCUCGUUUAUGGAAAGCCUUGCCAUCUUCCGGUGGAAUUGGAGCACAAAGCUUAUUGGGCGAUCAAGAAAAUGAAUGCCUCCAUGCCGCUUGCCGGUGCUAAGCGGAAGCUUCAACUCAAUGAACUCGAGGAAAUAAGGUCCGAUGCUUAUGAUCGCUCUAGUUCUUAUAAAACCAAAGUCAAAGCUAUGCAUGAUAAAACAAUUCUUAGAAAGGACUUUGAAAUAGGCCAAAAAGUGCUUUUGUACAAUUCUAAAUUGCAUCUGUUUCCGGGCAAGUUAAGGUCCCGUUGGGCUGGUCCUUAUGUUGUUAAAUCUGUCGCCCCUCACGGGGCCAUAGAGAUUGAGAAUGAAUCCAGUGGGAAUGUUUUCAAGGUUAACGGCCAACGGCUUAAGCCGUUUCUUGGUCAUUUUGACGUUGGCGAGCCUGAUGAGGAAUUGGGCGAUCCCAUUUAUUCUGAUGCUCUUGUUUCUUAG